CAAGUUCACGAUGAGAUAUUUCAGUGGUGGAUUACUCCGGCAUGUUGAUCUUAUAACAGAUAACAAAGAAUGUGUCCCUCUCAAAUGACAAGCAUUGGCAGCCGGUCACUCACAUCCGCUGUCAGACAAUAACAACAAGACUGCCAGUGGAGAGCUUGGAGGUUGUACAGUAAGCCACUUGCCAGUGCUGAAAGAAUGUUUUAGGUGGGUCAAACCGUUUUAAUUCUCAGGUGGUCAACGGGCAACGUGUUGAAGUUGGAUCUUGUUUUUGGAUGCCUGGGUUUAUUGGCAAGAAUGAAUACUGUUUUUUUAAUUUUUCAUCUAGUCAUUCUAGCAGGUGCUGCCUGGGCCUCCUCUGACGAAACACGUCUGGUCAAAACACUCUUCACUGGCUACAAUAAGGUUGUCCGCCCUGUCAAUCACUUCAAGGACCCGGUGGUUGUUACUGUAGGCCUUCAGCUCAUCCAGCUCAUCAGUGUGGAUGAAGUCAACCAGAUCGUCAGCAGCAACGUGCGACUGAAACAGGUGCUGCGUGUUGCCGCCAUGUUGAACCACCAUGUUUCUACAACAGCCCAGAAGAAAUGGAAAGAUGUGAACUUGCAGUGGAAACCAGAGGAUUAUGGUGGCAUCAAAAAGAUCAGAGUUCCCUCCACUGACAUUUGGCGGCCUGAUCUGGUUCUCUACAACAAUGCUGAUGGUGACUUUGCCAUCGUUCAUGAGACCAAAGUACUGCUGGAGUACACAGGAAUGAUCACGUGGAACCCACCUGCCAUCUUCAAGAGCUACUGUGAAAUUAUUGUGCUGCAUUUCCCCUUUGACCUCCAGAACUGCAGUAUGAAGCUGGGUACCUGGACCUACGAUGGAAACCUGGUCGUCGUCAAUCCUGACAGUGACCGCCCUGAUCUGAGUAACUUUAUGGAAAGUGGAGAGUGGGUGAUGAAGGAUUUCCGUGGCUGGAAGCACUGGGUGUACUACGCUUGCUGCCCGGACACCCCUUACCUGGACAUCACCUACCACUUCCUCAUGCUGCGGCUCCCACUGUACUUCAUUGUCAACGUCAUCAUCCCCUGCAUGCUCUUCUCCUUCCUGACUGGCCUCGUCUUCUAUCUUCCUACAGACUCUGGUGAGAAGAUGACUCUCAGCAUCUCUGUCUUGCUGUCCCUGACUGUGUUCCUGCUGGUUAUUGUGGAGCUUAUCCCGUCUACCUCUAGCGCUGUACCACUCAUUGGGAAGUACAUGCUCUUCACCAUGGUCUUUGUCAUUGCGUCCAUCAUCAUCACUGUCAUUGUCAUCAACACCCACCACCGCUCCCCAAGCACUCACACAAUGCCAGACUGGGUCCGCAAGGUUUUUAUUGAAACCAUUCCCAACAUCAUGUUCUUCUCAACAAUGAAACGCCCAGGAAAGGAAAAGCAGAGUAAAAGCAUCUACGGUGCUGAUUUUGACAUCUCAGACAUUUCUGGCAACCAGACCUCAGCUGUCCCCUACCAGUCACCCAUCACCAAGAACCCUGAUGUCCGCAGUGCCAUUGAAGGAGUCAAGUACAUUGCAGAAACCAUGAAAUCAGAUGAGGAAUCCAACAAUGCUGCUGAAGAGUGGAAGUUUGUGGCCAUGGUGUUGGAUCAUAUUCUGCUGUGUGUGUUCAUGGCUGUGUGUCUCAUCGGCACGUUAGGCGUGUUCGCAGGCCGUCUCAUUGAGCUGAGUAUGCUGUAAAGGCCGGUUUAACCUCUCAGAUGACUUUGUUGUUCAAUGGGAAACCUGUUUGCUGUAUGCACUGCAGCAUUCCCAGUCUACACUGCAUAUCUGAUUGUUUACUCUUUGGUGUUUGAAGAAAGUUGUAUACAGUAUCUUCAGCAUAGUUAACAGACCAUUGUUGUUUUUAAUUUUUAGGGAAUAUAUGUGUGAAAUUUAAAUGUUGAAUUAUUUCAAAAGAAAACAUUUUUUGGAACAUUGUACAAUUUUCCUUGAUAUGUUUAUAGGGAACAACUGAAUAAAUGUGUGUUUUUUUCAGUUUUCAUGAUGACUGUUUUAGUGCAAUCUUGCUCAGUGUCCUUAUGUCUUUCUGAUGCCUGUGACUUUGGCAAACUGUUGUACAUUUUAAAAUAUUUCAUAAAAUCUAAAGGUGUGAAAUGUAAAAGCAGAAAUGUGAAUAGGUAGACUACAAUACAAUCAAACAUAAACUUUGAUAUGUUGUCUUAACUUUUAGAUGAUAUUUUAUUUAAGAUACUUUCACACUUGCCCCUGAUUUGUAUGGACAAGCGGCCUUUAUAGCCUUUAUAGUUGUAAAUUUGUAUUUCCACGCUAUGCAAUUUUAUGCUUACACCUCAGAGGCAAAGGUUGUGCUUUUUACUCCUACAUACUACAUUUGUUGGACAACUUUAUUACAAAUUUCUUUUCAGAUUUCAGUUUUUCAUACUCUUCCUGUCCCGGUAAAAAAGAUGUCUCUUCAAAGUGGUGAUUUUUAAUAUUUCUAAUAAUAUAACUAAAGCAUUAAGUGUUCCUUUAUGGGUUGAAUUAUCCUACUUCUUAAACCAAAUAAACUAUGAAUAAAACUUG